AAAAACUAUGGGAUCAAACUAUAGAUCAAUUCAAGUUAUGGUCUAUAAACCAUAGUGAAAACGUGGCUGAUUCGGUUGAAAAUGAAUGGUCAAUUUUGAUACAAACAGUCAAAUGUCUUUAGGCAUUCUCUUGUCUGUAAUAAUAUAAUGGCUGCAAAUGAUUCUACAUCCUGUGUAGUUGUUGAUGCUGCACUUAUAGACAACGAGACUAUUACAAGCAAACCACAACCCCCAGUUCAAUCAAAUCGUCCCGGAGAGGCAGCGAUUAAACAGCAAUAUCUUUUACCCUAUAUUCCAUUCCAACAUGAAGAAAAACCUGCGAAGACUGGUGCUUUGGAAACCAUUAAUGAACAGACCAGCAAUGUUGAUGGGCAUAUUGAUGGCCCUCCAAAAAAGAAAAGAGAACGAGGAAUGAACAAAAACAGACCAAGAAAUCCAAAUCCAGCUGGAAAGAAGAAAAUAUGUCGAAGGUUUCUUCAACAUGGCUCAUGUCAUUUUGGUGUUAAUUGUAACUUCUCUCACGAUAUGCAAACAAUCAUAGACGAUCGCUUGCCUGAUGUUGGGGAGGUAUGCAGAAACUUUCAAGUUUUUGGAAAAUGUCCAUAUGGUAUUGCAUGUAGAUUUGGUAAAAAUCAUCUUACAGAAGAUUUUGAGAAUGUUACUAAAGAUACAUUCGAUGAAUAUCAAGUAAAAAAUAGUUUAACUAAAGAGUUACAAGUGGAACUUCGAAAAAAGAGAGUUUCAUUUCCCAGAUCUGAUGAGUAUGUAGAAAAAAUGAAAGACUUUCAUAGUCAAGGAAGACCACUGAGAGAUAUAGGUGAAUAUAAAACAUCUGGUGUUGUAACUGAUGAAGAUGUCAUUAAACUAAGAUCUGUGGAAAUAAAGAAGAUUGACUUCUCGGAUAAGCUCUACCUUGCUCCUCUCACAACGGUUGGCAAUUUACCGUUCAGACGAUUGUGCAAGAGUUUGGGUGCUGAUAUCACUUGCGGUGAAAUGGCGAUGUGCACAAAUUUGCUGCAGGGGAUGCAGUCAGAGUGGGCCCUGAUGAAACGCCAUCCAAGUGAGGAUAUAUUUGGAGUGCAGCUUUGUGGAAGUUUUCCUGAUACAAUGAGCAAGUGUGCUGAGUUACUCCAAAACAAGAUUGAAAUUGAUUUCAUCGAUGUCAACGUUGGGUGUCCAAUAGAUCUUGUCUUUAACAAGGGAGCAGGGUCAGCAUUGAUGGAGCGAUCAAGGCGUUUUGAAGAAAUUGUUCGAGGAAUGAAUUAUGUACUUGACAUUCCAGUUACUGUCAAGAUGAGAACUGGCGUUCAUGAUAAGAAAUGGAACGCUCUUCAACUUAUUCCUAAAAUAAGGGAUUGGGGAGCUUCGCUUGUCACAUUGCAUGGGAGGUCUCGGGAGCAACGGUACACGAAAUCAGCUGACUGGAAUUACAUCAAUCAAUGUGCAAAUGAAGCUUUACCAAUGCCACUUUUUGGAAAUGGCGAUAUCCUUUCAUUUGAAGAUGUACAGCGACACAGACAAGAAACGGGUGCAUCAGGUGUCAUGAUAGCCCGUGGUGGUCUGAUUAAACCAUGGAUUUUUACUGAAAUCAAAGAACAAAGACACUGGGAUAUAUCUUCGUCAGAAAGAUUAGAUAUCAUCAAAGAUUUCGUAAACUUUGGUUUGGAGCACUGGGGAUCUGACACUGAGGGCAUAGAGACGACACGACGUUUCUUACUGGAAUGGCUAUCGUUUCUAUACCGGUACAUUCCUGUUGGUCUGUUGGAAAGAGUCCCUCAGCGUAUUAAUGAGAGGCCUCCACCAUAUUUUGGGCGAAAUGAUCUUGAAACAUUGAUGGCUAGUAACAAGUGCGAGGAUUGGAUAAAAAUAAGCGAAAUGUUUCUUGGACCUGUUCCAUCCGAUUUUGUAUUUCUUCCGAAGCACAAAGCAAAUUCGUAUGCCUCAUGAAUAUACGAACUCUGUCAAAUAGAUCUAUUUUGGCCAUUGUUCGUUGCUUUUGCGUCCGAUUGGGUGUUUAAUCCUUGAAAUUGUUCUGAAUUACCGCUGUUGUUGUGAAUUCAUUUUAACAUGUUUUAAAUGUUAGUAUACAUUAAUUGUAUUUUCGUAUGCAUGAUCAAUAAAUCAGUCUAAUAGAAAUUUUGUAUACGAAAAAUUUACAAAGUACCAGUACUAGUAUUAUUACUAUAGUUAGUAUUUAGUGUGUUAUCAAGUGUAUUAUUGUCCUGACAUUGCAUGCCACCAAUUUGGAGAUCAGGUUUUUAGUUGUUUUCGGGACAGCUUGACAUACCAAGCUUUUAUUCUCAAACAACUCAUCCAGCUUGACAUACCAAGCUUUUAUUCUCAAACAACUCAUCCAGCGACAAUAAAUUAGUUCGACAAUAAAUAGUUCAAUAAAUUAGUUCACCUUG